AUGGUCACCCGUCUCUAUAAUACAUUUUAUGAUGCUAAGGCAACCUUGUUAUCAGAAGCUGAUAUUAAAGAAAUUAGAGAAUCAAGAGCAAGGGUUACUUCAUCUCAAUCUGUUUUGGAGGAGAAUUCCCAAAUUUAUAAGAAGAAACAGAUUCCUGAAGCGGUAGCAGAAGAAGUAUUUACACCCCUUCCAUCUACAGAGAAUCCAAAAAAGAAUGGUCAAAAAGGAAAGGUUAAAAUAAAUGAGAAGCCGAUUAUUGAAGCAACCA